AUGGAAGAACAGCAGCCGGAACCUAAAAGUCAGCGCGACCCGGGCCUCGGCGCGGCGGCAGCUACGGCGGCCCCCGGCGGCCUCAGCCUGAGCCUCAGUCCCGGCGCCAGCGGCGGCAGCAGCAGCGAUGGAGACAGCGUGCCCGUGUCCCCGCAGCCCGCGCCCCCCUCGCCGCCCGCGGCGCCCUGCCUGCCGCCCCUGGCCCACCACCCGCACCUCCCCCCGCACCCCCCGCCCCCGCCGCCGCAGCAUCUCGCGGCGCCUGCUCACCAGCCGCAGCCCGGGGCCCAGCUGCACCGCACCACCAACUUUUUCAUCGACAACAUCCUGAGGCCGGAUUUCGGCUGCAAAAAGGAGCCGCCGCCGCCACAACUCCUGGUGGCGGCGGCCGGCGGAGGAGGCGGAGGUACGGGUGGUGGAGGAGGAGGAGGAGGAAGCCGGAUCGAGCGUGACAGAGGCCAGAAUGGCGCAGGUAGAGACCCUGUCCACCCCUUGGGCACGCGGGCGCCAGGCACUGCCUCGCUCCUGUGCGUCCCGGACGCGAACUGUGGCCCACCCGACGGCUCCCAGCCGGCCACCGUCGCCGGCGCGGCCGCCUCGAAAGCGGGGAAUCCCGCGGCGGCGGCGGCAGCGGCAGCAGCAGCGGCCGUGGCGGCAGCGGCAGCCGCGGCGGCAGCAGCCAAACCCUCGGACAGCGGCGGUGGCAGUGUAGGCAGCGCCGGGAGCCCCGGCGCGCAGGGCGCCAAGUACCCGGAGCACGGCAACCCGGCCAUCCUACUUAUGGGAUCCGCCAACGGCGGGCCCGUGGUCAAAACUGACUCGCAGCAGCCCCUCGUCUGGCCCGCCUGGGUCUACUGCACUCGCUACUCGGACCGCCCGUCCUCCGGUCCGCGCACCAGGAAGCUGAAGAAGAAGAAGAACGAGAAGGAGGACAAGCGGCCGCGGACGGCGUUCACGGCCGAGCAGCUGCAGAGACUCAAGGCGGAGUUCCAGGCGAACCGCUACAUCACCGAGCAGCGGCGGCAGACCCUGGCCCAGGAGCUCAGCCUCAACGAAUCGCAGAUCAAGAUCUGGUUCCAGAACAAGCGCGCCAAGAUCAAGAAGGCCACGGGCAUUAAGAACGGCUUGGCGCUGCACCUCAUGGCCCAGGGACUGUACAACCACUCCACCACUACGGUCCAGGACAAAGACGAGAGCGAGUAG